AAACACCAGGGUCGUUUUUUCUUCAUGACUGACCAAAGACAAAGUGACCAUUAACUAUUUCUCCUCUGUGUUACAUAUCCAAACAGGCUCUUCUUUUCACAAGCAUGAGCUCAAACAUACUUUCUGUGGUGUUAGAGAAGCUCAUUCGUCGCCUGUGUCUGGAUAACUUUCCAUGUAGAUUCGGCAGCAGCUGGAGAUCAGCCAAUGAAAAGAGAGCAGAAACAGAGGAGACUGACGCCCUGCUGAAUCUGCUGAGCUGUCCUCACUCUCCAUGGCAGAAUGAAUCAUCAUGGAGCCCUCAGGCUUCAGCCCUGAGACAACUGGCUGUGAUCAGACCUGAACCCCUGAAUACUCACUUUGUUUACAGUUACUUUACCACACUCCGCAUCAUAGAUAAGAAUGUUUCUAUCAUUGAUGAUGGCUUGUUAAGGUUUUCAAAGCUGGAGGAAUUAGUGCUGAGUGCCAACAAAAUUAGUGAGAUUCCAGCAGAAAAUCUUCCCAGCACUCUGAAGAUUUUGGAGCUUUGUGCCAACCAGGUUUCUGCUCUGAACAGUUUCACGGUUCACCCGCCUCCUCAUCUGGAGUACCUCGGCCUCAGCUCAAACAGACUCGGCUCCCAGGAAGACAUCUCUCAUUUUACAGGAAGACACUGGCCUCAGCUGGUGUGUCUGGACCUGAGUGACUGUGAGUUUCAGGACCAGCAGGCCCUCCUUAAGGCCCUGAGCACCCUGCCCUGCCUCAGGACGCUGUUGUUGGAGGGGAACCCCUUCACCCUGGCGUCUUGCUACCCUGGCUUCACUGUAGAUAGUUUGCCCCAGCUUUCCUGUCUCGAUGCCUUGUGGAUCUCCCCAGAGGAAAGGCGUCGAUUUGGGGGCCUGACAGAGAUGAGAGAUCUGAUAAUGGAACAGGUGUCGGCCACAGUUAGUGUGGGUAGGAUGAGGGGAAUCCCAGAUCCCAUGAUGAGCGUGGAUGAAAAUGCUCCUGACUUCCCCCUCAUCACUUACAGUUAUUUCAUCUCAUAUGGGUUCUUUAGUCAUCAACCUGCUGCUAAUCUGAUGUUGCACAAUGAGUCUAAAUGUGACCCAGCAGCCGCAGCCCAGAAAAUGGAAAACAGCUCCAGUGAAGCCGACCUGUCAUCAGACAGAAACUGUGAAGAAGAAAAAGAAACAUCCGAAUCAAACACACAAGAAAUAACAGUGCACAGUGAGGAAACCUGCUGUGAUGUUGCACAUGUGUCGAGACACAGCACAUCAAAGCUGGCAUGGUCGGACUGUAUGGACUUCAGUAACACACAAACGCACAUUGUUAGUGAUCUAGGGAGGUUAAAGAGAUUCUUCAAUGAAGGACUUCAUCUUAGAAUCGAGGAAGAGAAGAUCCUGUCAUGGCCUGCAGCUUCAGAAGACAUCACAGCAGCCAAACCCAGCCAAGCUGCAAAAGAGAAGAAAAGUGGGAAAGGAAAAGAAACCUCACUCAAAUCUGGUUCCACCAAAGACAAGUCCAAAGACAAAAAAAAGAAACCAGCACAGGAGCUGGUCCAGGACGCCCCCAUCACAAGAGUCAUGGCAUCUGUCCAUGUCCCUCUGCAAAGCCUGCUCAGAAGGGGUCAAAAAGUUGAAGUCCUCUGUAACUUUGGUUUUCUGCACUCAGUGCCUGAGGUGGGAGCUACACAAACAUGUGCAAAGGAUCAGGGAAAGAAAAUAAAAGAGGAGAAGAAGAAGGAGGAGAAGGAGCCAAAGCAGAGAGAAGGCAGCAGCACCAGACAGAAGAAUUCAGCAGCUUCAAAAGGCAAAGAAAAGGAAAGGACCAAGAGCGAGGUGGACGAUCAAAAUGACAACUCUGUGUCUGUCCGACUGGAUCCAAUGACUGUUGAGUUGAUAGUGGAGCUGGAGAAAUGGCAGUCUGCAUCUGAAGCUCAGCAAAUUCUUCCCCCACACCAAAACUCCUGAAGAAAACACUUUGAAGUGAGA